GUUGUGAAUAGCGAUUAGAGAACAGCGGAGGGCAGCAAUACGCCAUAGAUGCGUCUAGUCUGCCGGAAAUAAAAAGAAGAAGAAGAAGACCACCAGUAGAACGACGACGUUCUGCCUUCCGUGGACGUAACCAGGAAGAGCCUGCUCAAUAGCCAACAUGCUAACAGACGAUAACAAUGACGAAGACGUGUCUCUGUUUGACGCGGAGGAGGAUGCAGGGAAAAGGUCAAAGAAAACGAAUAUUAGGCAUCCGGUGGCUUCCUUCUUUCACCUGUUCUUCAGAGUUAGUGCCAUCAUCGUGUACCUGCUCUGUGAGAUUUUUAGUAGCAGUUUCAUCGCCUGCAUGGUCACAAUAAUCCUUCUGCUCUCCUGUGACUUCUGGACAGUAAAGAACAUCACUGGAAGAUUGAUGGUUAGUCUGCGGUGGUGGAACCAGGUAGAUGAUGACGGACGCAACCACUGGGUGUUUGAGUCCAGGAAGGGUACCGGGAAGCAACCGGCGGCAGAUUCUGAGUCCCGAAUCUUCUGGAUCGGACUGAUUGUUUGUCCGGUGCUCUGGGUCGUCUUUGCUUUCAGCACCCUGUUUUCCUUUAAGAUUAAAUGGGUGCCUGUGGUGAUCAUGGGCGUGGUGUUGCAAGGGGCCAACCUGUACGGCUAUGUGCGCUGUAAAGUGGGAAGCAGGACCAGCUUAAAGAAUAUGGCUACAAAUUAUUUUGGACGACAGUUCCUCAAGCAGGCGCUGUCUAAAGAAGAAGAAUCGUAGAGUACAGCUCUGCGAUUUUAACACGUUUGCAUUGUUAUUAAUGCUAUUAUAUAUAUUCUUUUAGCAACUUGAUAGGAAAGUCUUUUUGAAAUAUUAACUGAAAUAACAGUUUUUUUUUCUUUGUUUGUUUCUAAUGUAAUGUUGCGACUCAAUCAGUCCCAAAAGAAAGUUUCUCUUUCCACAGAUAGGUCUGGUAUAGCUCAGCUAUAAAACCUCAGACUUUGAUGCAUGAGUGGAAAAAAGGGAGUAAUGGCUUGAAAUGUUAAAGUGGCAUGUAGUCUAUCAUCUCCCUGAGGUAUCUUCUUUAGUCUGUUUUCUUUAGUUUAUCUUUAGUUUUUCUUCACUGACUACGUUUACAUGCACACAAUAUUGUGGUUUUUGCCCUUAAUACAAAAAAGACACCAUUACGACUGAGCUGUUCACAUGGCUAAUGAAAACUAAUAUUCCUGUUUACAUGCAGCUGUGCAAAAUAGGAUUUUUUUUCACCAAGUGUUCCAGCGGUGGCGGGCUUGUUGGAGAGCGUGAACACAGCCUCCCUCUUUGAUUCCUUCAACCAGCUUCUUGAAAACGUCGACGAUGUGACGAGUGCACAUAUUCAAAAACUUGUAGAUAUCCAAGUCUUUCAUAAUGUUUAAAGGUAGCUGUGUUUCUCCUUCAUAUCUUUUGACCAUGCAUCUCUACCACAGCCUUGCAAACGCUUGGCUGUUUGGUUUGUGUACAGUAACCAUAGCAACGCACAGAGCUGACCGUAAGCCGUAAACGGACAAGAGGUCACAAACUGUGGUUAAAAACCCUGAUUGACAGCAAUAUCCUGAAUGCGCUGUAUACAUCUCCAAAGAAUGAAUAAUACCGGAAUAUCAAACGUCUUCAUCUAAAAAUAUUUGGAAAAAGGCGUUAUUCAGAAUAUCCAAAACGAAUAUGCUCUUUUCGUGACCUGUAUCAUUGUCAUAUUGUGAAUAAUCGUGGAAUAUUAGUGUGCAUGCAAACCUACUCAAUGCCUCCUAACUUUAAUCUUUAUAAAAUGAAUGUGUUUGAGAGGUGGUGUACAAACAUUUUUGUUUGUAUAAUAGACAAGGUUGUAAAGUAUCCCAGGAGUUUGUAAAUAUGUAUGUAAAGAAACUAUGUGGAACAUCUUCUUUUGUGCAAAUACAUUUGUAACAUUUUUCC